UACUCCCGCCUGAAUCAGCUCAGUACAGUUCAGUUCGGACGUUGGGAAUAGACGUUUGCGCAAAGUUUUUUUGAUCCCAGCUCCCAGUUGGGAUUGUGAUCGAGAUGGUUGUUUUAGCGGCGACCCUGGUGUUGGCCACCGUUGGCCUGGUUUGGUUCCUGUAUCAACGCUUUGGAAAUUUGAUUUAUUACGGGGAAAAGUUGCCGGGACCUCCGGCUUAUCCGUUGAUCGGGAAUGGGGGCAGAUUUUUGAACAAAUCUACUGCAGAGUUUCUUAUCGAGCUGGGAAAUAUUAUCAAGGAAUACGGGAAGUGUUGCCGAAUUUGGCUCGGAACUGAUCUACUCGUCCUGGUAACGGACGCUAAAAUCGCUGAAACGAUCCUCAGCAGCCCAAAAUAUCUGGACAAAUCGAUCGAGUACGAUUUCGUGCGACCCUGGCUGGGAGAUGGACUGCUUACCAGCACCGGAAGGAAGUGGCACUCCCGGAGGAAGAUCAUCACCCCAACGUUCCAUUUCAAAAUUAUGGAACAAUUCGUGGAGACAUUCGAUCAACAGAGUACAAUUUUUGUGCAACAACUAAAGGAAAAAGCUGAGAGUGGUCAGGCGUUCGAUAUCUAUCCGUACGUGACACUCUGUGCGCUGGAUGUUAUUAGUGAAACGGCCAUGGGGACGAAAGUGGAUGCGCAACUGAAUUCCGAUUCCGAAUACGUGCGAGCUGUUAAAGACAUGGCUCAUGUGGUUCAUCAGAGAUUUUUCAAUCCAUUGGCUCGAUUCGAUAUUACCUUUAAGUUUACCCAUUUUUACAAGAUGCAAGCCCGUGCCCUCAAGGUGAUGCACGGCUAUACAGAUAGCGUUAUUAAAUCGCGCAGGAAAGAAUCCGGUCAAAAUUUGUUGGAUGAGAGCUUCGAUGGUGUUGGAUCUCGUAGGAAAAUUGCAUUCCUGGACAUGUUGCUAGCUACUCGAGUAGACGGGAAACCGUUGGAUGAUUUGGAGAUCCGGGAAGAAGUGGACACUUUCAUGUUCGAAGGGCACGAUACAACGGCAUCAGCCAUAGGUUUUCUUUUGCGAGCCCUGGCAGAAUAUUCGAAAAUUCAGCAGAAGGUGUAUGACGAGAUCUUGGGAGUCACCGGCAACGAUAUCAACACCCCGAUGACGUUGAAAAUGUUGAAUGAGCUCAACUAUUUGGAUCAAACCAUUAAGGAGAGUCUCCGUAUGUGGGCUACAGUUCCCCUCUAUGGACGGAGAAUGAUGGAAAAUCACGACAUCAAUGGUAGGAUUUUCCCGGCGGGAACUAACGUACUUUUCUUUCCCUACUUCAUGAACAAUGAUCCGGAAUAUUUCGACAAGCCGGACGAAUUUCGUCCGGAAAGGUUUGCAGCCGAAACUUCGGCCGAAAAGACCAAUCCCUACCGGUAUAUUCCGUUUAGCGCUGGACCAAGGAAUUGUAUCGGGCAGAAGUUUGCGAUAGCUGAAAUCAAAAGUCUGAUCAGCAAAACUUUGCGUCACUACGAGUUGCUUCCGUCGGGAGUUCCUAAAGACCCUACGAAGAGUACCAUCGUUGCUGAGCUGGUCCUAAGGGAUGAUGCAGGACUGCUCGUUAAGCUGCGUAAAAGAUCUUAGAAAGUUUUUGGUGCGGAAUUUGAACUAGAACUUCCUGUUUCUCGAAAAAUGCACGAAAACGCUCUUAAAGUGCUGCAUGGAUAUACCGACAGCGUGAUUCAGUCCCGGAAAAAGGAACUUGCCAGCAAGGCAAGCAAAACCGAGGACGCCGAAGAUGAUCUAGGCAUCCGCAAGAAGGUCGCUUUUCUCGAUAUGCUGCUGGAGACGAGGGUCGACGGUAAACCUCUGGACGAUCUAGAAAUCCGUGAAGAGGUGGAUACUUUCAUGUUUGAGGGUCACGAUACAACCACAUCUGCCAUAAGUUUCCUCUUGAGGGUGCUGGCUGAACAUCCGGAUGUUCAACGUAAAGUGUACGAUGAAGUUCGUCAUGUUAUUGGAGAUGAUCUUAGCACACCGAUUACUUUAAAAAUGUUAAAUGAACUCAACUAUCUUGAUCAGACGAUCAAAGAGUGUCUUCGCAUGUACCCCUCAGUUCCGAUAUUCGGUCGAAAGUUCCACGAAAAUCAUGAAAUCAACGGAAUGAUUUUCCCGAAAGGCAGCAACGUGGUCUUCUUACCCUAUUUCAUGGGUAACGAUCCGGACUAUUUCGAAAAUCCGGAACAAUUUCGUCCGGAACGUUUUGCUGUAGAAACCUCAGCCGAGAAGAAUAAUCCCUAUCGGUAUGUUCCAUUCAGCGCUGGCCCCAGGAACUGCAUAGGACAGAAGUUUGCCGUUGCUGAAAUCAAAAGUUUGAUCAGCAAAACUUUGCGCCACUACGAGCUGCUUCCGUCUGGCAUUGCCAAGGACCCGACCAAGAGUACCUUCGUGGCCGAAAUGAUUUUACGCGAUGAAGCUGGAAUAACAUUCUCGAACGUUCUCUGCAUGAGCGAACACCGUUUCGCUCUCGCGACGCAAUCGGCUCCGUCCGAGCACGACGACGAUGAUUCGAGCAACCCGUUCCUGCUGGCUGCUGUUUCUUCUCCGUUUGCCGAUACGCUACACUACGGGGCACUUAUCGGGGGACCGAAAGGUUAUCCGCUGCUGGGAAAUGCACUAACCUUCGUCAACAAAUCGCCACCAGAUUUUUUCCUGGAAAUCCAAAAAAUCGUUCGGGAGGCGGGAAAAUGUUUCCGACUGUGGCUGGGCCCGGAAAUGCUCAUCAUCGUCACCGACGCCAAGAUCACUGAGACCAUUCUGAGCAGCCAGCAGUUUAUCGAAAAGUCCGGCGAGUACGACUUCAUUCGACCCUGGCUCGGGGAAGGAUUGCUAACUAGCAGCGACCGGAAAUGGCGGCGGCACCGGAAAAUCAUUACGCCCACGUUCCACUUCAAGAUUCUGGAAAAGUUCGUGGAAGUGUUCGAUCGGCAGAGCAACAUUUUCAUCGACCAGCUGCGCCAGAAUGCGGCCGGCGGGAAAUGUUUUGACGUUUUCCCCCUGGUGACUUUGUAUGCGUUGGAUGUUAUUUGUGAAUCAGCUUUGGGAACUUUGGUCAAUGCACAAAUCCAUUCGGACUCGGAUUACGUCAAAGCCGUAGCGUUAAGAACUCCGUACAAACGGCGCCAGGACAAGGCCCUCGAAAUUUUGCACGGCUACACGAACAGUGUGAUCAAAUCCCGACGCCAGGAACUGGCUCAGUCCAAGAGCAGCAACAGCUCUGAAAACACCGAACAGGAGUUCGGAAUCCGCAGGAAAACCGCCUUCCUCGAUAUGUUACUCCAAACCACAGUGGAGGGACGGCCCUUGACGGAUCUGGAAAUCCGUGAAGAAGUGGACACCUUCACGUUCGAAGGCCACGACACAACCACAUCGGCCAUCAGCUUUUUGCUCUAUCGACUGGCUCGACAUCCGGAAGUGCAGCAGAAGGUGUAUGAUGAAAUCGUGGCCGUCAUCGGAAAAGAUCCGGAUCGAAAAGCUACCCUGGGAAUGCUCAACGACCUAAACUACCUGGAGCUCGUUAUUAAGGAAACUUUGAGGCUUUACCCUUCGGUUCCGUUCUAUGGAAGGAAGAUUUUGGAACACAGUAACAUCAACGGGAAAAUUUUCCCGGCCGGUAGCAACGUAAUCUUCAUGCCGGUGUUCAUGGGUCGAGAUCCGGACUAUUUCGAGGAUCCACUGGAGUUCCGGCCGGAGCGUUUUUCGGUGGAAACGACGGCCGAAAAGACAAAUCCCUACCAGUAUGUUCCGUUCAGUGCCGGACCGAGAAAUUGUAUUGGGCAGAAGUUUGCGAUGGCUGAGAUCAAGAACUUGAUCGGGAAAGUGUUGCGACAUUUUGUGGUGCUUCCACCGGAAAAGCCGCAGGAGGAAUCAUUCAUAGCGGAAAUGAUUCUGCGACCUACCUAUGGUAUUCAGUUGAGAUUUGAGACGCGGAGGUGAGAGCGUGAGAUGGAUUAUUCGUUUUUAUUUUAUUUCAUAUUUCAUUAUUACCUAUCUUUAUUAUAUUAAUAAAUGGUGUUUUUGAUAACUUUGUAUAUACACAA